GUCACCUUUUUUCAACGGGAAGCCAUGAUGGAAGUUUGAGAGUUUAACAGGGUAGAGGAGAAGCGGAGGAAGCGGACCUGAUUGAAGAGCGUACGGAAUUGCUCCUACGUGACAUUUAAAUAACGAGUUUUACCUUUCUUGGUGGAGGCUGUCACUUUUCAUUUAAUGUGUUGGAAACCGAGCAUCGCUUGACGGUUGAAAUUUUCGAUGGCUUUUAUUUUUUUAAGGACGUGUAGACGAGCUAGCGUGCUAGCCGUGGGAGCUAGCGGCUAACGUUAGUCGGAGAACCUUACAGACGGAGCGCGAGUUGAGCGCGAGCUGGGCUCUGUCAAACCCUUCUUGAAGUGCAAGCGCCCGGAGAGGAUUGUCUCUCCGCCUUUUCUCUCCAUCACGGCGGCCACGGUGAGACCAGAGACUUGCCGUGAAUUAGAAAUAUCGCAUUUCGUGACGUGUGGAGUUACUUGUCUCUUCACCCGGGGCUCGUCUGAGCAGAGGAGGGCAUUUUGGAAGCCGGGCCUGUGGUGGUUUGGAGCGAGGCCCUUGAUGAGAGAAGAGACUCUAUUUUAGUUAACGUUAUCAGGUGAGCUAGCAAAGGACUGCAAAACGAGCAGACCAGACGACCGACCGCGCAAAAAGCAACAGUACCCUCUCUCACACUAAAUACGUUAAGGACUCCUGUCACAACCAUGGCUGGGAUCAUAAAGGAAUUUGUCAGCCGCAACAAAAGGAGAUACCAGGCAGAUGGCUUCGACUUGGACUUGACCUAUAUUUAUCCUAAUAUAAUUGCUAUGGGGUUUCCUGCUGAGAGACUCGAGGGUGUCUACAGAAACAACAUAGACGAUGUAGUGCGGUUCCUCGAUUCAAAGCAUAAAAAUCAUUACAAGAUAUAUAAUCUAUGUGCGGAAAGAAAUUAUGACGCUGCCAAAUUUAAUUGCAGAGUUGCACAGUAUCCUUUCGAGGACCACAAUCCUCCCCAGCUAGAGCUCAUCAAACCUUUUUGUGAAGAUUUGGAUAAGUGGCUCGGUGAAAACGACAAUCACGUGGCUGCCAUUCAUUGUAAAGCUGGAAAGGGACGUACAGGUGUCAUGAUUUGUGCGUACUUGUUACACCGAGGCAAAUUCAAAAAAGCACAAGAAGCUCUGGACUUCUACGGUGAAGUUAGGACUAGAGAUAAGAAGGGAGUGACUAUUCCCAGUCAGAGGCGAUAUGUGUACUACUACAGCUACCUUCUGAGAAAUAAGUUGGAGUACAAACCCGUUGCCUUGCUCUUUCACAAGAUGGUGUUUGAGACUGUGCCUAUGUUCAGUGGAGGAACCUGCAGGGAUACUGCUGUAAAAAGCAAGAGCGAGCAGAUUCCACAUGGGUUCAGAAAAACCAAUUGGCAUUGGGAUCCUCAGUUUGUGGUGUACCAGCUGAAGGUGAAGAUCCACACUUCCAACCCGACACACACCAAGAGAGAAGAGAAAUACAUGUUCUUUGAGUUUCCACAGCCGCUGCCUGUGUGUGGAGAUAUCAAGGUAGAGUUCUUCCACAAGCAGAACAAGAUGCUGAAAAAGGACAAGAUGUUUCACUUUUGGGUGAACACCUUCUUCAUCCCUGGACCAGAGGAGAGCUCGGAGAAGGUGGAAAACGGAGGUUUAGUGAAGGAACUGGAUGGGAUCCAGACCACAGAACGAGGAGAGAAUAAAAAGGAUUAUCAAAUCCUGACCUUAACCAAGAAUGACUUGGAUAAGGCCAAUAAGGAUAAAGCCAACAGAUACUUCUCUCCAAACUUCAAGGUGAAACUUUACUUCACGAAACCAGUGGAGGAGCCAUCCAACUCUGAGUCCAGCACUUACACAUCUGUAACCCCGGAUGUUAGCGAUAAUGAACCGGACCAUUAUAGAUAUUCUGACACAACGGACUCUGACCCAGAAAAUGAACAGUUUGACGAUGAGCAGAUUACAAAAGUUUGAAAUAUUUUUAUGGGAAGAAAAACAAACCUAAUAGAAUUGUUUAAAGGAGAAAACUUGAAUAUGAACUGAAAGCAAGUACAUUUUUUUCCAAACAGAAGUAGGACACGUCACGUUAAAACGCCAUCAGUUUUUAGGGACAUAAAUGCUGACCAAUUUUUUUUUUUUUUUAAGUUUACCCUUCUCCAUGAAGUAUCAACACUGAUGUUCCGUGGAUACAAAUGUGACAGUAUAUGUUAUGUAAAUACAUUUUCAUGCCGUAAGGAAAAAGGAAACCCAUUUAGGAUGGGAGAUGGUUUGUGGGAGAAUCCAAUGGAGAUCUAAAUGUGCUGCUCCGUCACCUGUUGAAAUAAGGCCAGUGCUUAAAUCUUCAUCAUUUUACUCUUCUUUCCUACCUACUGUGAAGCUCUUAUGCUGUUGGAACGCCGGCAUGUGUCAUUUAGGUUCUGUUGUUCAGUGGAAACCAUUUUUCGCUCUGGAUUCAUCAUUAUUACUACUACAGCUGUGGUUGUAAUGGUUUUUCAGAGCUACAUGACAUUUUUGGCAGAAAACACUGCAAAUAGCACCACCGUGUAUUAUCCUUUUCCUUUCUUUUUAAUGCAAAUCUACACAAACAACAGGGAGACCAGUGUUGCAAAAAUGUUAACACUAUAGCUCAUCCAAGAAGGUGUGCAUGUUAUUGGAAUCCAUAUUGUCAAAUAAACGCUAUACAAUGUUUUUCUAAAA